AUGGUUGUUGUAUUCAAUUUCGUUGGUUUUAUGUCAACAAACUGGAUAAUGUUUUCUGUAUCACGAUUUUUCAUAGGAUUUGGUGCAGGGGAUUUCAUCAGCGUUCAGCACUGCAUUUUAUCUGAAAUUAUGCUAGCAAAAUGGCGACCAUGGAUUACUGGCUUUCCUUCUUGGCCAAUCCAGGUCUGUGCUUUGGCAUUUAUAUCAUGGUUAAUAAAAGACUGGCGCUAUAUACAACUUUUCUGUUGUUUACUUGGGAUACCGUUCUUGUUCACUUGGUUCAUCAUACCAGAAAGCUUCCGUUGGUUUGUUGCCCAUGAUCGUCUUGCCGAUGCUAAAAACAUAAUAGAACGAUGGGCAAAGAUGAACCGAAAACCUGUUCCUGAGCUUGAUAACAUAAUGGUAUGUGACGAUUCAGAAACGAAAGAAUCAGAGAAAAAAUACACAUUCAUUCAUCUGUUCAAAUCGAAAGCUCUUACAAAAAUCACACUUUUGUUGGCAAUUAAUUGGCUGGCUUUGGGCAUGGUGUUUUACGCAAUUACGUUUGGAAUCCAAGCUCUCUCUGGAAAUAUUUACUUGAACUUGUUCCUGUUCAGUCUGGCGGGGAUACCCACUAAAGUUGUAGCCCUUUGGUUGCAAAACAGGUUGGGAAGGCGAAUUUCAAACGUGUUGUGCUUUAUUCUUGUUGCUGCCAGUGGCUUUAUUGUUGGAGUUGUACAGAGUAUAGAUGCAAGCAACAAGGAAAUACUUACAAACGUAUUUUCGAUUAUCGCUAGUGUGGGCAUCAACACUGCCUGGGGACCUGUACAGACUAUGACUAUUGAAGUGUAUCCAACCGUUGUCAGAAAUAUAGGAAUGGGUUCAAUGAAUGUCAUGGCACGUGUAGGCGCAAUUGUGGGACCUCAGCUUGUUUAUUUGAAUGCCCACGUGCCCGGAUUGAUGUACUAUGUGUGUGGAGUAAUAGGCGUUUUGUGCAUUCUCUCCCAGCUGUGUUUACCUGAAACAAAAGACUCGAACCUUUACGACAAAUUUAAAGUUUCGAAAGACAGUAGCUAGAAAAAUGUUUUGUAGAUAAGUCGGAUCAAGAGGGACAGUAUAUGAUAGAUCCUGGAAAAUACUAUUGUUCCAAUUAAUAAUGUUAAUUUGCUUUUACAAAGUGAUUGUUUUAUUACUUCCAAACAAUCAAUUUUGAUAUUUGGAGAUUUCUGGGAUAUAUCCAGUCAUAAUGUCUAGAAUUGGUGAUUUUAUCAAAAACAUAGAACAAAAAGUAUUAAAACUUAACUUCAAAAGACAGAAUAUGCGAACAUACUUACUCAAAAUAUUUCGUCUUUGUAAUACGGUAAACGUUUGAUUUUAAUGAAAUAGCAUGCUUAGUGAUACGCCAAAGAUGUGUACAUAAUUGUCAAGCAAUUUAUUGAGUUUAGAAGUCAACGAUUGAAUAUGAGGUAGCGUCAGUUGGUUCCGCAAUGUAGGGCUGUUAUUCCAGGUAGCCUUACAAGCUAAAGACAAAUGCUAAUUUCUCAUAUAAAUACCAUACGUAAAAAAGGCUAUAUUUUGUGAAGAAUUGUAUCUUAAAUUAUUAUCUCUUAAUUAUCGGAGCAAAGUAAACAAAAGGUAGAGCAAAUUGGCCCGUAUGGCACUCUAAGGAAAUACAGCCCAUUCUGUUACCUUUGGAAAUAUAGAGGAACAUUGCAGGGUUACUUUGAUGUAUUUACAAAAUCGAGAUUAUUGUGAUAUUUUAGAAGAAAUUAACUUGGAAAUAAAUUGUACCUCUAUUGCUCUUUAAUAAACUUUAACUAUUAAACAAAUAAACGCAAUAUAACCUAA